GUGCAUAUUUUUCCAUUUCAUAAGUUUGUUUCAAUUGUUAGUUAUCAGCUGUAUCUUGAACAAUGGAUUGCAAUUUUUAUUCUUUCUUCCAUAUACUUAUUAUUUGUUUAAUUAGCACUUGUCCAAUGAUAGAUUCGAGGUACACCAAACAUCAUGCAAUUAAUCUCACUGAACUUACAAAUUCCGAUUUUAAAAAUUUCUUGAAUUCUUUCGAUAUUGUCAUAACUGACAUUGACGGAGUCAUAAGACAGUAUAAAUCAGAGCCUAUUGAUGUUUUUAUUGUUUUACAAAAGCUUAAGGAACUUGGUAAGCGAAAUAUUUUAAUUACCAGCAAUAGUUAUUUUUCUUCAGAGGAUUAUAGUUCGUUUCUGAUUUAUUUCGGAUAUAACGCAACAUCUGAUGAAAUAGUUGUUCCUUCAGACGCACUCAUUUGGUAUCUUAAGAGAAUCAAUUUUACAGAUAAAGCUUAUGUUAUUGGUUGUGAUUUAUUUGUACAAAGUCUGAAAAAAAGCGGUCUCAAUAUAGUAAUUGGUAAAUCGAUUGAAGGAAACGUGUAUAACACAUCUCAUUUAUUCGAUAUAGACAAAGAAGUUAAAAUAGUGAUAGUUGACUUUGAUGCUCAUGUAAAUUGGUUAAAAUUGAACAUGGCUGGAGUUUAUCUUAAAAACGACAGAGUUGCUUUCUUAGCUGGAGCAUCCGAAAUGCAACUUCCUGCAUUAAGAGAUGACCGAUCCAUGGGUUCUAGUUAUUUCCUAGACAUUUUAAUGAGAUAUUCCAAAAGAAAACCUUUAUUAUUCGGCAAACCUGGAAAAAUUUUUGGCGACUAUAUUCUUGAACGUUUCUCUGUAUCCGAUUCUUCUAGAGUGCUCUUCAUUGGAGAUUCAAUUGAUGUUGACAUGAAAUUUGCCGAUAUGUAUAGUUUUAAAAAAUUACUAAUUGGACCAGGGAUGUAUCUAUCAAAAUCUGGAAAGUGUAUGAAAGAUAGUCUGCCUAUAGCUGAUUAUUUUAUUGACGAUUUGAAUGAAAUGUUAGGAAUUACCUUAAAAAUGAACUUCCUCAAUUUAGGCCAAUUUAUAUUACCACAUGAAUCUCUUCUUUGGUAUCUUAAAAAAUUCCAAAUGAAAGGAAAAGCUUUCGUCGUUGGUUCUGACAAAUUCAUUCAAACACUGAAAGAUGCUGGUGUUGACGUUGUAUCUGCUCCAAAAUACGCUAACGUACAUAAUAAUAACCAUUGUAACCCAAUGGCUAUUGACAGAAGAGUUAAUACAGUGAUAGUAGAUUUAGAUACUACUGUGAAUUUAGGUCAAAUAGCUCAAGCUGGACUCUAUCUUAAAAAUGAAAAUGUUCAAUUUUUGGCUGGAACAGCUCAAAAACAAAUUUAUGUCAACAAAUUUCAUAAAGUCAUAGGUCCUGGUUACUUUGAAGAUGUUUUGAUUAAUUAUUCUGGAAGAAUCCCUUUACAUUAUGGUAAACCUGGUGGUCUAAUGAGAGACUAUAUUAUGGAUCGCUAUCCAGCUAUUGCUUCUAAUCCCAGUAGAGUAUUGUUUAUUGGAAAUUCUAUUGAUGUCGACAUAAAAUAUGCUUAUAUGUGUGGUUUCCAAAAAUUAUGGCUGAAUCCAGAUGCAAAUGAAUCAACUGUCUCCAAAUUAGUCAAUAAUUGUAUGACGAAUCCUGAUUACUAUCUUUCUGAUAUAAGUAAGAUGCGUUUCAUUGGUUGCAGAUAA